UCUGCGCACAUUAGCGGCACCAACAUGGCGAUGACAAUGAGCCAAAAUGAUGUUCAGGUGCAGCAGAAAGAAGAAGGAGAGGAGGAUGAUCAAUCGAUGUCUAGAUCUGACAGUGGUGAGGAUUCUCUGGAUGGCCUCACAAGACACAGAUGUCCCCUGACCCCUUCGCUGUCCCCACGAAAACGGACCACCAGCCAAAGCAAAACAGAGCCUCCUCUUCUAAGGACGGAUAAGAGGACAAUCUACACCGCAGGGCGUCCACCCUGGUACAAUGUUACUGGGACCACCUUUAAAGAAGCCUUCGUCAUAGGUCUGUGUGGAGGAAGUGCUUCUGGGAAAACCACUGUGGCCAAUAAGAUCAUAGAGGCUCUUGAUGUUCCUUGGGUUGUUCUGCUCUCUAUGGACUCUUUCUACAAGGUUUUGAGUAAAGAGGAGCAGGAGUUGGCGGCAAGAAAUGAGUACAACUUUGAUCAUCCUGAUGCCUUUGAUUUUGAAUUGCUGGUAACUGUGUUGAGAAAACUGAAAAAGGGCAAAAGCAUCAAAGUGCCAGUGUACGACUUUACCAAUCACAGUCGUCGCAAAGAGUGGAAAACCGUCUACGGUGCCAAUGUUGUGAUAUUUGAGGGAAUCUUGGCUUUUGCCAACAAGGAGCUUUUAAAGCUUCUAGACAUGAAGGUGUUUGUAGACACAGAUUCUGACAUCCGGCUAGUCAGACGCCUAAAGAGGGACAUCACGGAUAGAGGGCGUGACAUUGCAGGCGUCAUUAAACAGUACAACAAAUAUGUCAAGCCAGCGUUUGAGCAGUACAUCGAACCCACUGUGCAGGUGGCUGAUAUUGUGGUCCCAAGAGGUGGGGAAAACUUUGUAGCCCUGGAUCUGAUUGUUCAGCAUGUUCACAGUCAGCUGGAAAAGAGGAAACUCCGCUGGGAUAUAUCAGCCCUGGCAUCUGCCCAUCAGGGUCAACCUCUACCCAAGACCCUGAGUGUCAUGGAAAGCACCCCACAGGUCAGAGGAAUGCACACUAUUAUCAGGAACAAAGAAACCAGUCGGGAUGAAUUUAUUUUCUAUUCAAAGAGAUUAAUGAGGCUUCUCAUAGAGCACGCUCUGUCCUUCCUGCCGCUGAAGCCGGUGUCUGUUGAAACUCCACAAGGAACUAUAUAUGAUGGGAAGAGGCUGAGCGGGAAACGGAUAACUGGUGUGUCCAUUCUGCGGGCAGGAGAGACCAUGGAACAGGCCUUGAUGGCUGUUUGUAAGGACAUUCGACUCGGAAAGAUCCUCAUUCAGACCAAUCAUGACACAGGAGAGCCUGAGCUCCAUUACCUUCGUCUGCCCAAGGACAUCAGUGAGGACUACGUCAUCCUGAUGGACAGCACUGUGUCUACAGGAGCGGCAGCUCUCAUGGCUGUCAGAGUCUUACUUGAUCAUGAUGUUCAGGAGGAUAAGAUCUUCCUGCUCUCUCUGCUCAUGGCGGAAAUGGGCGUUCACUCAGUGGCCUACGCCUUUCCCAAAGUACGCAUCAUUACCACUGCCGUGGACAAGAGGGUCAACGAUGAGUUUCACAUCAUUCCAGGGAUUGGUAAUUUUGGGGACCGUUACUUUGGGACUGAUGCUCCUUCAGACUGGUAUGAAAGUGAUGAUGGGAUGGACUACUGAAUUUCAUCAAGAUGUGUACAGUAUGUGAGCGACUCUAUCUGCAUGCAUCGCAGAAGGGAACAUUUAAGCACUUAAUCUUAUGAUUGUGGACUCAUUGCCCUGCCCUUUAUAUGCAUAAGCCUUAGCCGUCUCUUGCUGCCAAUUCUUGCAAUACUACAUGCUACACAUGAGCCCAUGCUCAAUACAGGUCAAAGCAGACCCGCAAACAUGGGAGAUUACUGCUCAUUAGUUUUCCUUGCAGUGCCCACAUGACCAUCACAAUUUGAGAUUUGUUCAUUAAUACUUGAAGUAAGAAAUGAUUGAGUGGAAUAAUAAGGGCACAAUAUAGUUACUUCAUAGGUGUGUUUAAAACGGCGUACUACCAAACUUGUACCAAACGACCUUGUACUAUUUUUCAAUAGUAUAAGUAUACCGUAUAUACAGUUGAGGUCAAAAGUUUACAUACAUCUUGCAGAAUCUGCAAAAUGUUAAUUAUUUUACCAAAAUAAGAGAGACAAAAUGCAUGUUAUUUAUUUUUAGUACUGACCUGAAGAUAUUUCACAUAAGUCGUUUACAUAUAGUCCACAAGAGAAAAUAAUAGUUGAAUUUAUAAUAAUGACCCCAUUCAAAAGUUUACAUGCACUUUAUUCUUAAUGUCUUUUUGGAUAGUUGUUCAUGAGUCCCUUGUUUGUCCUGAAAAGUUAAAUUGCCUGCUGUUCUUCAAAAAAAAUACUUCAGGUCCCACAAAUUCCCACAGGAACCCUUUCAAAUGCAUAAAAAUGCUGAAAAAUCAAAUAAUUUAUGACUAUAUGUAAACGUAUGUUAUGUGAAACAUCUGAUUUAGGUCAGUACUAAAUAAAAAAAAAAAAAAAAAAAUAACAUGCAUUUUGUAUGAUCCCUUUUAUUUUGCUAUAAUAAUUAACACGUUGCAGAUUCUGCAACUUUUGACCUCAACUGUACUGUGUAAAACACAGUAUAUAUAAUUGACUGCAAACACAGUACAUACUUGAUAUUUGUUUGCUGAUUUUAUGUGGUCUUGACUUAAUUUCAUUUGUAUAGCAUAGAGCUGACGUCUUACACUAAUUGAAAGAAACAUUUCUGUAUGCCUGCUUCAAUUUAACCUGCCUUUAAUAUUGCAGCUUUGCUGAAAAUGUUCAUAAUUGUUACUACCUUAAUUUGUAGCCUAAGCACAAAUAUGAUUUGGGUCAGACAUCACGGUUUAACUACAAUGUUGCUUUGUAUUCUACUCAUAAACAUUACAUCUGUUGUUUAAUCUACAUUUCCUUUUUUUAUUUUUUUAUUUUUCUCCAAUUGAUUGGUGUCUUGAAGGUGAUACAGAUGUGAUGUGCCAAUCAAUGCAUCAGUCUACUUGAUAGUAUUUGUGUGUGUGUAAAAAUUCUUGAAAUAUUGAAAAGGGACUUUUGUUAAUAGAAAAUUCAAUUUUAAGUCCAAAGGAAUAAUUUUGCUCUCAUCAUUGGUUUUAGUGUUUAGCACUAUAGUGCCACCGAGGGGAACAAAAUCAGGUUUAUAGUUUUCUGUUAAAUACUUGAAUUUUAAAGUGUAGAUAAUGUAUAUUUAUUUUCAUUGGAUUAUUUGCCAUGCCUGAGCGAUGAGAGCCAACGACAGAAUAAUUUGCAGUGACAAAAGUUGAGUAAUAAUUAUUGAAGAACAUUUUGGAGGUCUUUUAGCAAAAAUUAAACCCGAAGAGAGAUCAAAACAUGAGCUUCUCCUGAACUUUCACUGUUACGUGUUAUCUAAUGCAUUUAUUUUAAAUUAACCUGAUUGAAGUAAUAGUGCUGAAAUACACAUACAGCAACCCGAGAUGCACUUAAAUUUAUGUAAGCAAACAUUUGAUUAUAUUCUCACCUAAAGCAGAGUGUUGCACAUUAUUUCAGUGGCAUUUAAUUAAAAAUGUCUAUUUGGUCCCACUUGACAAAAUGUCAUACUGAAAAUGACAUCUUUGUCUUGUUUUUCGUUGAAUGUUUGUCUAAUUGGAACUGCCGUUUUGAAUUGUUUUUAUUUUUUGUACAGUGAUAUUUUGACUUGGUUAUACAUUAUUCUAAAUCAAAUCUCAGUAAUGGACUUAAGACUUCAAACUACAUUAUCAUAAAGAGGAAAAAUGUUUCUCUUUCUUAUUUAAGUUUUUUUUCUUUCCAGAGAUGUGUACUGUAAUGAUUUUGUACAUGUAAAAUUUCCCUGGGUUAUCUGUUUACGAGCUUCAAACUGACCUCCAGUGCUGUAAGCCAUUCCACUUCUGCUGGAACAUUUUUUUUUUUCUGUCUGUAUAAAUAGCGCAAUAAAAUAUUUUGUGCUUAA